ACAGAAGCUUCUCCUCUAUAAUACUAAACUCAACUCUCUCCGUCGUCGUCCGUGUUUGCACGGGUAUAUAUAUAUAGAUAUAUAUGUACAUGGUUGAACAAAGGCAAUUCAGCUGCAGAACAAAGUUGUGACAUCCAGCUACUUCAAUUUCUAGUUAAGCAACUGCACGAGCAUCUGAUCAUCUCCUUGCCGUAGUAAUUCGGAAUGGUUAACAUGGUGGCAUCAUCGUUGUUCGAGGCCUUGGACAAGGACGGCGACGGCAAGGUCUCCGCCUCCGAACUGCGCGGCUGCAUGGCGGCAGCGCUCGGCGAGGACGUGUCCGACGAGGAGGCCGCAGCCAUCUUCGCAGCGGCGGACAUCGACGGCGAUGGCCAGCUGGACCGCGAGGAGUUCUUGAGCCUGGCCCGCGAAGCGGAAGGCGCCGACGAGGACGGCAGGUACAAGUGCCUGAGAGAAGCGUUCGGGAUGUACGCGGCGGAGCCCCAGGGAGAAGAGCAGUGCAUCACGCCGGCGAGCUUGAGGCGGAUGCUGAGCCGGCUGGGGUCACCGCAGCUGGGCAUGGACGAGUGCAGGGCCAUGAUCUGCAGGUUCGACCUCAACGGCGACGGCGUCCUCACCUUCGACGAGUUCAGGGUCAUGAUGCACGAUGGCCUCAUGUGAUCCUCAUCCAUUGAUUAGAUUAGCAAGCAAGGGUCCAUUCCCUGAUAUGUACAUGAAUUACGAUUCAUUCCCUGAUAUGUACAUGAAUUACGAUUCAUUCAUUCGUUGAUUUGAUUCAGCUGUUUAGUUGGUUUAAUUCGAUUCAUACUUGUACUUCUUUGUUCUUUUCUCAGAAAACUAGUGCGAUAAUUAUAUUAGGUUAUGAUA